UGACGAGUAGGGAGUGAGACUGUGUUGCUUGACCCUUACAAAGUAUUUACUGCGGCAGUAUGCAUACAACUGGGACGUACGACUUCGCUAUACAUUGAUUCUCAUACUCAUGCUGUCCAGAGGAUUGUGGGUCACAAUAGCCACAAAAGGAGGCUGACUUGUUUACUGCCAGAUGCUACCAGAUUGACUCGAGGCUUGUGUGGAGCAGUUGGGCGGUGUUGGCAUGGCCUUGUCGUUUUGUGGCAUCGACAACGGUACCAAUGCCUACAGCGUGGAGAAGGGCGUGCUGAACAAUGGCUGCUUCGUGGACGCGCUCAACCUGGUUCCCCAUGUCUUCCUGCUCUUCAUCACCUUCCCCAUCCUCUUCAUCGGUUGGGGCAGCCAGAGCUCCAAGGUCCAGAUCCAUCAUAACACAUGGCUUCAUUUCCCCGGCCACAACCUGAGGUGGAUCCUCACCUUCUCACUGCUGUUUGUCCAUGUCUGCGAGUUCGCAGAGGGCAUCGUCUCCAACAAUAGGAUGAUGGAGACCAACCACCUCCAUCUCUUCAUGCCAGCCUUCAUGGGUUUCAUAGCAGCCACAACAUCAGUGGUUUACUACCACAACAUAGAGACAUCCAAUUUCCCCAAACUGUUGCUUGUCCUGUUCAUCUACUGGGUUUUGGCGUUCAUCACAAAGUCAAUUAAGCUGUGGAAGUUUGCAGAGUACCAUGUUGGACCACAGCACCUGAGGUUCUGCAUCACAGCCCUGUUAGUGCUCCUGUAUGGACUGCUGAUGGCCGUGGAGAUCAACGUCAUAAGAAUCAGGAGAUAUGUGUUCUUUGCCAACCCCCAGAAGGUGAAACCACCAGAGGAUUUACAGGAUUUGGGAGUUCGCUUUUUGCAGCCGUUUGUCAACCUGCUGUCCAAGGCAACGUAUUGGUGGAUGAAUCCUCUCAUUAUUGGAGCCCAUAAGAGGCCCAUAGAGCUGAAGAAGAUUGGAAAGCUGCCCAUCGCCAUGAGAGCCCUCACCAACUACCUACGGCUCAAAGACGCCUAUGAGGAUCAGAGGACAGCCGAGGACCCCGAUCGUGCCCCAUCAAUCUGGCGCUCUAUGUAUCGAGCGUUUGGUCGUCCCAUCCUGCUCAGCAGCACUUUCCGCUACCUGGCUGACCUGCUGGGCUUCGCUGGGCCGCUCUGCAUCUCUGGCAUCGUAAAGUACCUGAAGACUGACAAGGAUGUCGCAACACCAGACAAGGUCAAGGAGACAUAUUUCGGUGUGUACUUCAUGUCCUCCACUGAGCUGCUGCAGAACACUUCGGUCCUGGCUGUGCUUCUCUUCCUGGCUUUAGUCCUGCAGAGGACCUUCCUGCAGGCUUCGUACUACGUCACCAUAGAAACAGGCAUCAACCUGCGGGGAGCCCUGCUGGCGAUGAUAUACAACAAAAUCUUGCGUCUGUCCACCUCCAACAUGUCUAUGGGGGAAAUGACACUGGGGCAGAUCAACAACCUGGUGGCUAUAGAGACCAACCAGCUGAUGUGGUUUCUCUUCCUCUGCCCCAACCUGUGGGCCAUGCCUGUGCAGAUUGUGAUGGGAGUGAUCCUGCUCUACUAUUUGUUGGGCUGGAGUGCCUUGGUUGGAGCAUCCGUUAUAGUUCUGCUGGCUCCAGUCCAGUACCUUAUCGCUACAAAGCUGGCAGACACACAAAAAAGCUCACUAGAACACUCUACUGAUCGUCUGAAAAAGACCACAGAGAUCUUAAAGGGCAUAAAGCUGCUGAAGCUGUAUGCCUGGGAGAAUAUCUUCUGUGACAGCGUGGAGGAGACCAGAGGCAAAGAGCUCACCAGCCUCAAGACCUUUGCUUUGUACACAUCUAUGUCCAUUUUCAUGAAUGCUGCUAUUCCCAUUGCUGCCGUUCUUGCGACAUUUGUGAUGCACCACUUCCUCGAUAAAACCGGUCCCAGUCCUUCUGAGGCCUUCGCCGCUCUAGCGUUGUUCCACAUCCUGGUCACCCCUCUCUUCCUGCUCUCCACCGUCGUCAGAUUUGCUGUGAAGGCUCUUGUCAGCGUCCAGAAGCUCGGUGAGUUUCUUCAGAGUGACGAAAUUGGAGACGACAGCUGGAGAAAUGGAGACAUGCCUCUUUCCUUCGAAGCUGGAAAAAAACACCUGGGUGUGACCAAAGCCAUCAACAGGAAGCAGCCAAUGCGCUACCAGAUGGACAACUACGAGCAACCGACCAGACGACAGAUGAGACCCACGGAGACGGAGGAUGUGGCUGUAAAGGUGAGCAACGGUUUCUUCACCUGGGGAAGCAACCUGUCCACGCUGUCUGAUAUCAACAUCCGCAUCCCCACAGGUCAGCUGACAAUGAUUGUUGGCCAGGUGGGUUGUGGGAAAUCCUCCCUGCUGCUUGCCAUGCUUGGCGAGAUGCAGACCAUCGAAGGAAGAGUCUUCUGGAGCAAACUGCCUGAGUGUGAGGUGGCCCGCGAAGAGAACAUAAGCAAGAACAGAUACUCUGUGGCCUACGCUACCCAAAAGUCCUGGCUGCUCAACGCUACAGUGGAGGAAAACAUCACCUUUGGCUGCCAUUUCAGUAAACAGAGGUACAAGGCAGUGAUUGACGCCUGCUCUCUGCAGCCAGACAUUGACCUGCUGCCUUUUGGAGACCAAACUGAGAUCGGAGAGAGGGGCAUCAACCUGAGUGGCGGUCAGAGACAGAGAAUCUGCGUGGCCAGAGCUCUCUACCAGAACACAAACAUCGUCUUCUUGGAUGAUCCCUUCUCAGCACUGGACAUCCACCUCAGUGAUCACCUGAUGCAGGAAGGCAUCCUCAAGUUUCUGCAGGAUGAUAAACGGACUGUAGUCCUGGUCACCCAUAAACUACAGUACCUCAUACAUGCAGACUGGAUCAUAGCAAUGAAGGACGGCUCUGUGCUGAGAGAGGGAACUCUAAAGGACAUUCAGACUCAUGACGUGGAGCUUUAUGAUCACUGGAAGACCCUGAUGAACCGACAAGACCAGGAGCUGGAGAAGGACAUACAGCAGGACAGUCAAACGACACUAGAGAGGAAAACACUAAGGAGAGCUUUCUACUCCAGAGAGGCCAAGAACCAGAUGGACGAUGAGGACGAAGAGGAAGAAGAAGAGGAGGAAGAGGAUGACAACAUGUCCACAACCACUAACAGAAGAUCAAAGAUCCCAUGGAGGAUGUGCUGGUGUUACAUGUCUUCUGGUGGCUUCUUCAUGGUCUUCCUGAUGGUGUCCUCGAAACUCCUCAAACACUCUGUCAUCGUUGCCAUCGACUACUGGUUGGCUCUCUGGACCUCCUCUAAAACCAAUCAGAGUGCUGGAGCAGGAACGUACGCGUCUAAUGGGACCCGCCUGGCUGACAGUGCCAGCAGCAACGCCACACUGCCCACACCUGGUAAUCCGGAGGCUGAGAGCGACUCCUACUAUCUGCCAGUGUUUAUCGUCCUGUGUGCGGCUGGAAUCACGUUAUGCCUCAUCACUUCUCUCACUGUGGAGUUUCUGGGUCUUUCUGCAGCCACCAACCUGCACCACAACCUGCUCAACAAGAUCAUCCACGCUCCCAUCAGGUUCUUUGACAUCACUCCCCUGGGGCAGAUCCUCAACAGAUUCUCUGCUGAUACCAACAUCAUAGACCAGCACAUUCCUCCAACGCUAGAGUCUUUGACGAGAUCCACGUUACUCUGUUUGUCAGCCAUCGGGGUCAUAUCGUCCAUCACUCCAGCUUUUCUGAUCGCCUUGGUUCCCCUUGCAGUGGCCUUCUACUUCAUCCAGAAGUACUUUCGGGUGGCCUCCAAGGACCUCCAGGACCUUGAUGACUCCACACAGCUUCCUCUGCUUUGCCACUUCUCUGAGACCGCUGAAGGUCUCACCACUAUAAGAGCAUUCAGACACGAGGCUCGUUUUAAACAGCGUAUGCUGGAGCUGACAGACACCAAUAACACAGCCUACCUGUUUCUGUCUGCUGCCAACCGCUGGCUGGAGGUCCGAACGGACUACCUUGGAGCAGUGAUCGUGCUGACAGCAGCAGGAGCCUCCAUAUGGAGUUUUAGCUACGGUCUGCGUUCUGGAGGCCUGGUGGGCCUUGGGCUCACAUACGCCCUCACAGUCACCAACUACUUGAACUGGGUUGUGAGGAACCUGGCAGACCUGGAGGUCCAGAUGGCAGCUGUGAAGAAGGUCAACAGCUUCCUCAGCACAGAGUCGGAGAACUACGAGGGAUCUAUGGACACCUCUCAGGUGCCUGAGAACUGGCCCCAGGAUGGGGAGAUAAAGAUCCAGGACCUGUGUGUGCGCUACGAUCCCAUGCUCAAACCAGUGCUCAAACACGUCAACGCGUACAUCGAACCAGGCCAGAAGGUGGGAAUCUGUGGUCGCACAGGCAGCGGGAAGUCUUCUCUGUCGUUGGCCUUUUUCAACAUGGUGGAUAUUUUUGAAGGGAAGAUCGUUAUUGACGGGAUCGACAUCUGUAAGCUUCCCCUGCAGACACUGAGGUCGCGACUCUCCAUCAUCCUUCAGGAUCCUGUGUUAUUUAGUGGAUCAAUAAGGUUUAAUCUCGAUCCAGAGAGGACGUGCACUGAUGAUCGACUCUGGGAGGCGCUGGAGAUCGCUCAGUUGAAGAACAUGGUGAAAGCGCUGCCCGGAGGACUAGACGCAGUUGUGACAGAAGGCGGAGAGAACUUCAGUGUCGGUCAGAGGCAGCUCUUCUGUUUGGCCCGAGCUUUUGUCAGAAAGAGCAGCAUCCUCAUCAUGGACGAAGCCACAGCGUCUAUAGACAUGGCCACGGAAAACAUCUUACAAAAAGUUGUUAUGACAGCAUUUGCAGACAGAACAGUCGUCACAAUCGCACACCGUGUCCACACCAUCCUAACAGCUGAUCUGGUCAUUGUGAUGAAGCGAGGGAACAUUUUGGAGUACGACAAACCUGAGACUCUGCUGGAGCAGGAGGACGGGAUGUUUGCUUCAUUCGUCAAGGCUGACAUGUAGACCCACGGUCGACUGACAGACUGAUCCGUUGGUUGAUCUACUUUUUUUUUUAUCUUGUAGAAUUAUUUACAGACGUCAGUGACACUAAACACUCCAGUGAAGCCAAUAAUUCACUGUGUUUCUUUAAUAAGAAGCUUCUUUUCACCAUCAAUCACCAGAAGGUACAUUUGAAAAGUUGUACUUGAAUCAUUCAGUCAGCCAAUUCAAAAUAUGGCUUUUCUUGUUUGUACAAUUUUCACAUUGAAACAGCAAAAACACA